UCCAGGGCAUGAUUAAUUGGAUGAGGUGAAGACACCCGUGUGAAAUCACGCGCCAUGCCUUCUCCAAUUCCCGUCACGCGCCUGUUACGGAAAGACGUCUACCCGUCGGCAGACAUCGCGGCUUGGAGCAGCCCGCUCUUUCAGCUGUCCCUAGGGCCCACCCUGCAGGUCCCUCCCCAGCGGUUUCAUGGUAAAGUCGCAAGCCGCCUCUGGUCCUCCGUGAUUCAAUGGGAUCAGCUGCGCUCCGUGGAGGUUGUGGGCUCCGGGGGCUUCGGCUCCGUGUACAAGGCGGAGUACCUCGGGGAAACUGUUGCGCUGAAGAAAGUAAAAAAGAGCACAAAGAACAAACUGGCCUCCCGACAGAGUUUCUGGGCUGAGCUGAACGCCGCACAUCUCCACCAUAAAAACGUCGUGCGCAUCAUCGCCGCAAGUACGUGCGUGUUGGCGGACCUGGAGGAGGAAGCGAUCGGAGCCAUCGUCAUGGAGUUCGUGGGCAGCAGAAAUCUGCAGCAGAUCAUAUAUGAGAGUUCGGAGGAGCUCGGGGAGGAUCGCUGGCUGAAGUUCUCCACGGACAUCGUGAAGGGCUUGAGCUUCCUUCACUCCCACAGCGUUGUGCAUCUGGACAUCAAACCAGCCAACGUGCUGGUGUCACGGGGAGAAGUGUGCAAAAUUGCCGAUUUUGGUUGUUCCCUGAAGCUGGAGCGUGACUGUGAAGUGAGCGCCGUCAGCCCCCAGGUCAGCCACGGAUGUGGCACGUAUUCACACCGAGCCCCGGAGCUGCUCAAAGGGGAGCAGGUGUCUCCUAAAGCGGACAUCUUCUCGUUGGGGAUAACCAUGUGGCAGCUUCUGACCAGAGAGCCACCCUACACGGGAGACAGGCAACACGUCCUUUAUGCUGUUGUGGCGCACAAUCUGAGGCCGUCUGUAUGUGACCACUCGGUGUUUCUGUCUGUGCUGGGGAAGCGCUGUGCGGCGUUGCUGGGCCGCUGCUGGAGCGCAGAUGUCCGCUGCAGACCCAGUGCUGAGGAUGUGCUGCAUCAGCUUGAGCUCCUAAGGUCCCUUAGGAGGAAAUGCAUUUUUGGACAAUCAUUUUUCUUUGUUUUGGACUCUAUGCAGUUUUUUUUAAAAUUUAGUUAGUAUUUUCCAUCAAUAAGAGCCAACAUAUCUAAACAUCACAAGGUACCCUGAAGCAUUACAAGCACUGAAGAGGUUGACAGAUUGGAAUGGACUUGAGUGAGGCUGGAUUGCUACAUCCUGCAAUGGCUGGAUCUGUUGCCAGGUGUUGGAACCAGGCAUAUGCGUGAGGACAGUGUUGUUGUGAACAUAUCUAACUUUGAGACUUGGGGCUGUUUAUGCUGCAUCCAUGAGACUUCUAGUGAUCUUGACUUAUUUUAGCUAAUAAAAGCAGAAGUGACUGCCUAAUUCUGA